UGAUAUCAAUAGAGGAAGAAAAUUAACCAAAAACUUGAAAGCCCAGUAGCAAUUUCACCAUCACCAUCGGAUGGCCCUGUUCUUCCCCUUCCCAGUUGCCUCUAAGUACUGAUCUCUUCCUGUCCAAAAACCACGCAAAAAGGCGAAAAUCUACCAUUUCCGAUUUACAGCAAGUGGUAAUUUUGAUAGGCAGAGGAGGGCCAGUGGUUGAAAUUCAGUUUUGGAAGGGCGGAACUUUUCUUUACUGACGAAAUGUAUAAUUUAAUCCAUAUGGUUCUUUUCUGAUGCAAUGGGUGGUUACUAUUAGCAAUUGACUUGUGAAGUGAAGUAGGUGCCAUCAUCGUUUAUGACUGCUAAUAUGGACAUUGUGAUGCCUCGAUGCCUUUCCUUCAUGGAAACUGAUUACUUUGAACGACCCCUGGCAUCCAAGAGUUGUAAUACAUCCAAGGAUUGGACUUCCAAGCACAACUUAAGUGGGCUAAUUUCAAUGUCUGCCACAAAGUGCGAGUUCUUGCGAAUGAAGAGCCCUCAAGCAAGUAGAUCUAGUUGGAGAACAGCAUUUGCUUUGAACACAGGUGGACUUCCCGAAAACAACCAGGAGAGCUUUGACAAUUCUGGUUCCGGUCUAGGUGCAACUCGUUUGGGGAGGAUAGUGGGUGCUGCAGGCAGGCAGCUUUUAGAAAAGCUUAGUUCAGCUAGAAAGAAUUUUCCGAUGAAGGUAUUUCUCCUGCUUUUAGGCUUCUACACAGCAAAUGCCUUGGCUACAAUUCUUGGGCAAACUGGAGACUGGGAUGUGCUAGUAGCUGGAAUUGUAGUUACUGCAAUAGAGGGCAUAGGUAUGCUAAUGUAUAGAAAGCCUAACCCUGUUUCUGGUGGUCGGUUGCAGUCUCUGGUGGUGAUGAUAAACUAUUGGAAAGCAGGUGUGUGCUUGGGCCUUUUUGUCGAUGCUUUCAAAUUAGGUAGUUGAGCUCUGGACAUGCUCACAAUUUCUUAAACUUUCACGAAAGCCUACAUUGACUGUGCUUCUCACUGGUAGCUCCCCUGGCCUUCACUUGCUAAAGUUCCUUUCUCAUCUCCAGAGGGCUUCUCCUGCCAGACAGUAAGACAUAUAAGAACCCAAGUAUAUGAAGAUAACAAAGAAAGCUACUGAACUUUUUUCCUGGGGAGAAGUUUCUUCGUCACCUAGAGAUAAUGUUGCUUCGGUUAUAGAAUGUUUGUUUUUUUAGAAGCAAACCUUGUGUUGUCAACAAGUGAAGCUAGUCUUGGUUGAACAGUAUGGUUGCAGACCACCAAAUAAAUGAGUUAUAAAGACGUUGUCUACUGUCUUGAAGAAGGCUGUACAAGUGAUCAUUGAGGGCUUUGUAACCACUUCGGCUUAUUACUGUAGUUGCGGAAAAAUUGGGGUUUAUGCUUUCUGUAGAUUGGAGGUGAAUGUUCUAACGUGUUUUGGUUUUUCUUUUUCUUUUUUUUUUUUUUGUUUUUGUUUCAUUUUUUUUAUUUUUUAUUAUUAUUACUUUUUUUUUUGGGUUUUGGGCAGGUCUGGCUUUGUCGUGAGCAUCAUGCUUUGUUCCAUGAUUUCUGGAACACUAAGCUCAGUGCAUAAUUCUUAAUAUGUCUUUUCCGUCGGAUAUUCAUGCUACGGAAUCUACCCAAUUUUAGUUCCUCUUUAAAUGUUAUGGUAGUUAAUAAAGAAGAGUCGUGCUGUUGAGCGUCCUAAUUUUUUCAUUUGAACGCCUUAAAAAGAUGUACAUGCC